ACUAUGAGAGAAUUAAUUGCGUAUGGGUCACGACCCAGCACCCGACCGUAGGGGGUAGAGAAGCCUCAUCCGAGGGCGGCAUCGCGGAGAGGAGUUUUGGGGAGCCUAUUGGCGCAAUCGAUGAAAACCCCAGUUCCAAGUACCCUUCUCCCCUCUCUCGUAUUUGAAUUCCAAGAAGGUUUUCUUGAGUGAUUACUGGCUUCUGCUUUGGUGGAAAUCUUUAGCACCGUCAGUCUCUAGAGAACUUGGGUUCGAAGGAUUUCGGGUUUCUUGGGAUGUGACGAUCGAACGAGGGUUUAUGGUGGGUUCUUGGCUCCAAGGAGCGGUAAUUUCGAUCCAUUCUUUCGACUUGAACCGAGAAAAACGUAGUUCUACUUCGUCUGUGUAUCGAAAAUAGGAAUUGCUCUCAAGAUUCGUUCUUGUUUCAUAGACUGAAUUCUUUUGCUUGCAAUCAAUUUGUUUUUCCCGUUCAUUUUUCUAAGUUUACAAAUGUUUCACCUCUGGAACAGAAUCAGUAAACCUAGGUUUGUGCGGAUACAAGGAGGGAGAAGAAGUGGGCGUCAUGAAGACCGAAUUUUGUUAUUUAUUUAUUGCAUUCUUGAAUACUUGAUCUAACUUAUUCAGGAAUAUUAUCAGAGCUAUAAAUUAUUUGGUUGCGAGGAUAUUAGGGCCAUUGAUCUCUUGCGUGGGUGAAUUUGUUAAGACUGAAUGCUGGCGUCGGGGAGGGGUGGAGAGAUGAACUCCACAAUGGAUGAGAUCAAUCUCCUUCGCCAGGCCCAGCGCCAUCACCUGGUGGUGAGAGGAAUAGGUGAGGAAAUUGAUUUAGAGAUAGGGCCUGGUGAUGAUGACCCUUCAUUUUCCAGCACCACUCUAGUGGGCGUACCCACGCAAGAAUCUGUUGCUCCAGAGGAGCAAGAAGAUCACAAGCAGCUUCUUCUGGCCUCUCAGGCUCAUAAUGAAGAACAGCAGGACCUUGUGAAGCUGCCGCAGGCAAAGAGGAAGAAGAAGGUGGUGAAAAAGUGGAGGGAGGAGUGGGCGGACACCUACAAAUGGGCUUAUGUAGAUUCCAUUGAUGGCACGAGUAGAAUAUUUUGUUCUGUUUGUAGAGAGUAUGGGAGGAAGCAUAGGAGGAAUCCAUAUGGGAAUGAGGGGAGUAGAAAUAUGCAGAUGAGUGCGUUGGAAGAACAUAAUAAUAGCUUGCUCCACAAGGAGGCUCUUCGGCUUCAAAUGGCAUCCAAGGACAAGGGUCUGACUGCUAUUGAGAGGCCUGUCUAUGUAAAAGCCUUAAUGUCGAAGAGUGCUGGGUCGAUUCUUGAAUCUGUAUUGAGAAGGGAUCCUCAUGAAGUUGAGUUUAUACAGUCUGUGCAAGAGGUGGUUCAUUCUCUAGAACCUGUGUUGGCGAAGAACUCUCAGUAUGUUCACAUCUUGGAGCGCUUGUUAGAACCUGAGCGAGCAAUAGUCUUCAGAGUGCCAUGGGUUGAUGACAAAGGAGAGACGCAUGUGAACCGAGGCUUCCGUGUGCAAUUCAGCCAGGUGCUGGGUCCGUGCAGGGGUGGCCUUCGUUUUCAUCCAUCCAUGAACCUAAGCAUUGCCAAGUUUCUCGGGUUUGAGCAGACUAUGAAAAAUGCUCUAUCACCAUAUAAACUUGGAGGUUCUGGGGGAGGGAGUGAUUUUGAUCCAAAAGGAAAAAGCGAGAGUGAGAUAAUGCGUUUUUGUCAAAGCUUUAUAAACGAGCUAUAUCGAUAUUUGGGGCCUGAUCAGGAUCUUCCUGCAGAAGAUAUGGGUGUUGGUCCAAGGGAAAUGGGAUAUCUCUUUGGGCAGUAUAGACGAAUUGUUGGUCAGUUUCAGGGAAGUUUUACAGGACCAAAGAUCUUCUGGUCAGGUUCUAGUCUUCGAACUGAAGCUACUGGAUAUGGACUGGUUUUCUUUGCACGACUUAUUCUGGCAGAGAUGAAUAAGGAACUCAAAGGAUCAAGAUGUGUAGUUAGUGGUGCUGGGAAGAUAGCAAUGCAUGUCUUGGAGAAGCUUCUAUCCUGUGGUGCCAUCCCAAUUACCAUAUCAGAUUCAAAGGGCUAUCUGUUAGAUGAAGAAGGAUUUGAUUUUGUCAAAUUUUCACUUCUUAGGGACAUCAAGGCUCAACAGAGAAGUUUGAGAGACUAUUUGAAAUCAUAUUCACGGGCUAAGUACGUCGAGGAUGCAAAGCCCUGGAUCGAACGCUGUGACAUUGCAUUCCCCUGUGCUUCACAAAACGAAAUAGACCAACCUGAUGCUGUUGCUCUAGUUAAUUCUGGUUGUCGCAUACUAAUAGAAGGUUCGAACAUGCCCUGUACCCCACAAGCAAUUGAUGUUCUGAGAAAAGCUAAAGUUCUGGUUGCUCCAGCAAUGGCAGCAAGUGCUGGUGGGGUUGCUGUUGGAGAACUUGAACUUAAUCAUGAAUACAAUUUGAUGCAAUGGUCAGCUGAGGAGUUUGAGACUAAAUUACAGGACACAAUGAAGCAGACGUAUGACAGAUCGCUUAAAGCUGCAGCCGAUUAUGGAUUUCAAAAAGAUAGCCCAGAAGCUUUGGUGCAUGGGGGAAACAUCUUUGCAUUCCUUAAUCUUGGUCAGGCUAUGAUUGACCAAGGUUGCGUGUGAUUCAAGUUUCUCGAGAUUUCGUAGUCAUCAAAUGGGAACAUCUCUGCAUUCCUUAAUGUUGCUAAAGCUAUGGUUGACAAGGUUGCGUGUGAUUCAAGUUUAUUGAGAUUUCAUAAUCAUCAAAUUGGUUGUCAAGUGGAGCAUUCGGCAACAGAGAAGCAGCCAUAUGCUAAGCAUGUAAAAAUAUUGCACUGGUUGUUCAGUGCAUACAGGUGAAGUCCUCUGUCUCUCCAUGUUGCUGAAAUAUUUUCAGCUUGAUGGAAUGGAAGAUGCUGCAAGAAGUGGCUAAGACUCUGUAACAUAGACAAAUGUGUGGUAGAUUUCACAAGGAAAAAGAAUCACUGGGAGAUCUGUUGCUCGCGGUGUAUGCAACAUCCAAUUUGCAUAUUUCACUAUUGUGAAUAAUGUAAACAGUGAUUAAGAAUAAAGCGCAUUAUUCUUUACCAGUCUCAGAAAUUGAUGAUGACA